GCGUUUUGUGGGGCGCGUCAGUGUAUCUACCGGCACGUUUUCGGGAUGGGUAUUGACAUCUGCCACAAGUACGACCGGAAAGUUGUCCGACACAAUCCGAAGAGUGAUGAUGUUUAUCUUCGGCUUUUGGUUAAAGCCUAUAAAUUUCUCGCGCGUCGAACCAAAUCCAAGUUCAAUAAGAUAGUAAUGCGCCGGCUCUUCAUGAGUAAGAUCAAUCGACCACCACUGUCCAUUGCCCGCUUGCUGCGCCUCAUGAAAAAGCCCGGCAGAGAAAAUAAGAUUGCCGUGUGCGUCGGCACCAUCACCAACGAUUUGCGCAUUCGCGAAGUUCCAAAACUAACAGUUUGCGCACUCAAGGUUUCUGCUGGUGCCCGAGAGCGCAUCUUGCGAGCCGGUGGUGAAAUCAUCACCUUCGACCAACUUGCGAAACGUAGUCCACUUGGUCGCGGCACUGUUCUCAUUCAAGGUCCAAGAAAAGGACGAACUGCUGAGCGACACUUCGGUCCCGCUCCUGGUGCCCCAGGAAGUCACACUCGUCCAUAUGUGAUUUCAAAGGGGAGAAAAUUCGAACGCGCUCGUGGUCGUCGAAAGAGUCGAGCUUAUAAGAAAUAAAAUGCUCUUGUGUAGAAUAAAUGCUUCCUGAUGGCUU